UACUUUAUUGAUUUCAGUGAUCAGACAUAAAAUAAUAUAAUAGUACCGACUAUAAAGUAUAAUCUGAACUUAUUAAUGAUGAUAUAAGGAUUUUAUUUUAAUCUAAUUCAUUAUAAUAUCCGCAAUAAUUUAGUCGAAUAUAAUUAACAUGCAGCGCAGAGCUUGUUUUAUUGUUGGCGGUAUAACAGGCGUUGUAAUUCUUACAGCUAUCAUUGUAACGGUACUUGUACUUGUCGAAAAAAUUGAAGAGAACACAAACAGCAAUGGUUGCUCCAUAUAUCCAUUUGAACACGCCUGGUCUCCGUUUGUUGUCAUAUCUGGCACCAGUGACUUCCUCUAUCCAUUGCCAGGAGAAAAUGUCUUAAGGUUCGACUAUCACCAAUCCGUCGACAUUCUCUGUCCCGGAAGAAAUGUUCUUCUAAAUAACAUUAACAGUAAUCAAAGUGUUCUAUCAGGCUAUUGUCUUGAAAACAACACCUUUGUAAUUAAUAAUGCUCAAAUCGACUGGCCUAAUAUGGACUGCAGCAACUAUCCUUGGCGAACAGCUAGAUAUACUGGAGCAACGUGCGAGAAUAACGGUCUCGAUAUCGAAAUUGGUUUUGAUACAGGAGAUAAUCGAUUUUUACGAUCCAUGUCGAUUUGUUUCGACCCAGUACUACAGGUUGCUCAUUAUACUUUUAUAAAUCAAACGGCCUCGAUUAAUCAGCGAGCUUUGAAUACUCCAAGACCAUCGUGGUUACAAGGAUCAGAAUUUUACGAUAUCGGCACGGUAACAAAUUUAUAUAAACGUGCUAAUCAAAGAAGGACGAUAAACUCUUUAAUCGGACUAAACGAAACCUCGACGUUAUUUAUAGAAGAUGACACGAACUACUUUUUAUCCAGGGGUCAUCAAACAGCUGGAAGUGACGGUUUUUAUCCAGCCCAGCAAAACGCCACUUUCUUUAUGAUGAAUAUAGCGCCCCAAUGGCAAACGUUCAAUGGAUUUAACUGGAACCAAAUCGAAAUUGAUGUGAGAGACUACGCUGAAGAUAAUUCUGUGGAUUUAUGGGUGUGGACUGGUGUUUAUGGCGUGGCAACUUUGCCUCAUCAAGGAACUGGAGAUCCAGUCGAACUUUAUCUGUACGUUAAUUCAACGGAGAACAGGAAAGCACUACCCGUUCCAGAGGUAUAUUGGAAAGUAGCUUACAACCCAAUAACCGAACGGGGAGUUGCCUUAAUAGGUGUAAAUAAUCCUUAUUAUCAAACUUAUACGCCUCUCUGUAAUGACAUAUCAGAUCAGUUAAUUUGGUUGAAGACUAACAAUUCUGAUCAAGAACAAGGUUUCUGCUAUGCUUGUUCGGUUGAUACCUUUCGAAGAGUUGUUACCAGCAUGCCUAAUAUUUCUGUUAGCGGUAUUUUAUUGUAAACGUCGUAGUUUCGGAAUUAGGUACUAGACUCAUGACGUAUUUUGAACUGAUUUCAUUUCAAGAUACGGAAGAUAUACGGUAUUAUAUUAUUAAGUAAUUUAAUGUUAAUUAAAAUUUUGAUAAUCUAAGUAUA